CGCCCGUAUCCCCCGGUCCUCCCACAGCCGCCCCCGUUUUCUGUGGAAGAUCGAGGAGGAGGUUUCUUGUCGUAUUUUCAAGCUCCGAUGAGCGAACGAUGUAUGCGUAAGGAGGCGUGCCUUAGAUAACACGACAGAGGAGCCAGAGGAGGGGGUCGAGGUGGCUCUCAUCAGAAUGGCUCCUUAAUGGAAUAAAGGGAAGCCCCACGACAUGAGCAGCCUCGACUCCAGGGGGGGAAACCUGCUGCUGGCACUGAGUUGGCCCUGUUAGUCUGGCACUGGCACUCGUAGCUCUCUGGCGGUGGCACUCUCGGCGCUUGUGACUUGGCCCAGGUAGUUUGUCACUGGCACUCUCGGCUCUCUGGCACUGGCACACUAGGCUCUCGCGAGGUUACCAUGGCAGGCAAAGCGAGUACCCGGGUCCUCCUGGUGACGGCCAACAUCGCCUCGUGCUUUGAACAGCCUGACACCAUGCUGAAGCCAUGGAUCACAGAAUUUUUAAAGACUGUAGAGGACCAUGAGCCACAGUUCAUUGCACUCCACUGCCAGGAGGUUGGAGGGAAGAAUUAUGAAGAAAGUAUGCAGCAUGUUGAGCAUUUUGUCAGGUCACUGCUGAACAGAGGGACUAUGUUACCUUAUGACAAGAUUAGAGUUUUCCUAGAUGAGGAGUACGAGUCUGCCGAAAAGUUCACUGCCCUGGGUAAUCUUUACUUCAUCCAUCAAAACGUUCAAGAUGUACAGAUUUGGGAUUUUGAAGAGAAAAGAUUCACCGACUGUAUAGACAGAAGAGAGUACUCAGGUAAUAUAGAGGAUGUGCCAACCAAGGAGAAGUCAAAGUUCCCUCAAGAGUUCUUCCCCGAGUGCAAGUGGUCUCGGAAAGGUUUCAUGAGAACGAGAUGGUGUUUAAAUGGUACCAAGUUUGACCUUGUAAACAUCCAUCUAUUUCAUGAUGCAUCAAAUUUCAUUGCCAUGGAGGAGUUUCCAUCAGUAUACAGCCUCAACAGAAAGAGAGCACUGGAACACACAUUAGACAGAUUCCACAAUGAUGGCUUUGAAAAUGUUCCUCUCUUCAUAUUUGGUGACUUCAACUUUAGAGUGAACACUCAUGGGGUUGUGCAGAAACUGACAAAUGGGUGCACACCAGAGGAUGCUGAAUUACCCAACACUGGUGAGAAGGCAAAGGAGUACAAGGACAACAAGGGCAAGGUGCAGCUAACCAUUUCUAAGAAGACCUUCAGGCACUCAGAGCACGACACAAUAUUUCUCAAGGAUAACGGCAGCUUGCUAAAAGAGUUUGAUCAGGAAAUUGAUCAGUUCAAGGAAAGAUUAACAGAGUUUCCAAUCAGCUUCCCUCCAAGUUAUCCAUUUGAGGAAGGUGCUGGUGGCAAUGGCUCACACUACAUGAAGACCCGGUGUCCCUCUUGGUGUGACAGGAUCAUCCUCGACAAAGCAGCCAAAAAGCUAGUUGAUUCAAGUAAUGGAAAGGUGGCAUACAAUCUCAUUGGCUUGAAUGUGACAAUGGGUGAUCACAAGCCUGUGGGUCUUUGUUUGGAGGUGGCCGUGGGAGCAGAUGAUGGAACCCCGGUUGAUGAACCUGUGUGGCAGCUCAGGGAGCCGGGGGAGACCGCCGCAGUGUCAGAACAGCCAACGCCAUUGGAAGAAGAGAGUGACCAAGCCCAGGGGACGCUGAGAUUUGUUCCUCAGGGCAUCGUUUCAACCCGCUAUCUAACCUCUCCUGCAACCACUCCUGACUCCCACAUCCAUGUGUUCAGGGAGACAACAGUCUAAUUGGAAACCAGCUCCAUCUCGGUAGCUCUAUGCUGGCUCUGGUGACAUGUUGCUAGGGUGUCACAUUGUGGCAUUCAACUUUUUUUUUUUUUUUUUUCUGGAAAGAUGAAUCCUAUAUUUUGUAUUUAUUAGCUGGUUAUCUGGGUGUACAACUGAGCUUUAAAGUUAUUAUUGGUAUGUAAAGAAAGAGGAAUUAUUUUAAUCUUCAGAAGUCUUUAAAGAAAGCAUAAUAUACUUUAUACAUUUGCAGUGUAAACAAUCUGAAAACAAUGUGUUCAUAAAAUAAUUCCAAUGGUUUUUGAAAGGCCAAUGGUAGUAGAUACUAUUUCAGUAAAGAUUUAAUCACAUAUGGGGAGUGAUUCUCAUGUAUAAAUUGAAAUAUACAAAAGAAAUUUGAAUAUAGCAGGGCAUGGGACAUGGGAUAUACAGUGAUCCAUGAUUUGUUAGCUCUGCCUGGAACAAGAUUAUAUCAGAAUGUAUUAUGAUGUUGUGGCAGUAUAAGUACAUAUUGAAUUUUAUUUUUGUCCCCCUCCCCCUCUGUAACUUGUUUCCCUGGAUAUAGUUGUAAUGGUGCAUAGAAAUAGUUUUAUCCUUCUUUUUUCCGUGCUAGAUAACAUUAGAGAAUAUAUCUCAGAAGUCAGGGUAUACAUCUGUUAUGAUAUUUGAAUGUAUUAGAGAUAUUAACUAUUUUCCUAUCUCUCUUUCUCUCUUUUUUUCUUCUUCUUUUCCUUAGAAAGUAUGUUUUUAAUUAAGAUGUUAACAAACACUACAUUUGAGGUAGCUAGUGAUGUGCCAUGUGAAACAGAUAUAUAGUAUGACAUUAGUGUCGCAUAGUUGUCUGGUACAAGGUGAUGUAUUUACGAAGGUUUAGAGCCAGUUUGAAUUUUCGGCUCAUCCUCAUCCUUGUUCAUAUUUCUUUUAAGAAAAUUCUGUGCCAUUUUAAGGGAUCAUAUUAGUAAGAAUGUGACCAUGAAAAUCAGUAUUAGAUUUUUUUAAAAAGUGAUACUUGAUUUAUAUGUUCUUAUUGUCAUAGGAUAAUUGUGAAUAUUAUUGUCAACAAAGAUUGUGUAGCUGCAGUUUUUAGGAAGUGGAUGUAAUGAAUGGUGGCCUCCUGUGCAUAGUUUCUUAAUUGUUGGACUAAUCACGUUAACAGAAUUGCUAAUAGUUAAAUGUUUAGAUUUACUAUGUUCUGUGACCAAGUGGAGUUAUGCAUUGUGCCCUUGGGAGGUACACAAAAGGGUGCCAAGUUAGAAUAGUACUUAUUUAUUUACCUUUUUAAAUUGAAUGGUUGGAAACUUCCUACCGAAUUUAUGGGUACUAUUGAGUGGAUUUUGAUUUUAGGAGUUUUUUUUUUAUUUGUUUAUUAAAUUUAUAUAUAUGAAAGUGAUUGUACUUUAUAUACAAAAAUAAGAGCAUUUCCUAUUGUACUGAAAUCAUGAGAAAUGCAAAAAGAGUAGGGACAAAGGACCUAUUUGAGGUGAUCAUUAUAUCCUGAACAACAUAUCAAUGUAGACUGUGGAUGAACUGUUAGGUGCUGGGUGCAGAUAAACUUGGUCUUUGUAUUGGCUCAUUUGGUAGUGUCAGAUUAGAAAAGGGGAAUCCCUUGUCACUGUCCAUAUGCAGAUUCAGCUUCAUGCAUUCUCAUUAAAUGGAUGUGAAGGAAUUUCUUUUAGAUUUUAAUAGGUGAAAAGAUAUACUUAGGCAUAUAUGUCCACGUACAUACUUGUACACCUUUUUAAACACUCACAAUUGCACACUCUCACUCACAUUCACACACUCACUUAUACACUCACUUACUCAAUCACUCACUCACUCAUUCUCUCUCUCUCUCUCUCUCUCUCUCUCUCUCUCUCUCUCUCUCUCUCUC